AUGAGGAUACUAGAGCCAUUACCCCCGCCAACCGAAAAGCUGGAGCUACCGUCGAUUUCGCAGGUCCACACCAGAGGUCCUGUUGAUAUUCCUUGGUAUAAUCAUCACGCCGCCGAGAGACCUUUGUUGUCUGGCGACAAACUGCCGGCUCUUAGUUUACCAACGGCCUCGCAGCCGCCCAUCUCGGGCCAGUCCUACCGGACUAGCUACGAAGACCCGUCGGCCCCGGCAUCUAACAACGUGAGUGCACGGACAAGUCUAUCAGGGUCUACACCUAUCGUCAACGAAGCCAGAAGCCCGCCACCGCCUUCAGACCUAGCGGCUGGUGGCCAGGGCCGGCUGUCUUUGGAUUCAUCUGCUCCUCAGGAUUACUCAAUCGCCCAACAACCGGUGAGCGACGGGUACUAUCCACAUCCAACUUCCAUUAGCAGUAUGAGCCAAACUCAACCGUACAUGGAUGUCCACUCGCAUCUGUCAUCGGCGCAGCCGUAUGCUCCUCAGGCAGCUACGGCCGGUGGCAUAGCCCAUUAUCAGUACCACCAGCAGCCACCGGUGUUGCAACCGGCGUCGACUACCUAUGGACCAGCAAGCUCAUAUUCGCAAUAUACAUAUCCUAGUGGUGUCGCCUCGUCGCAAGGAGGGCCACAACCGCCAUCGACCUCGAUGAGUGCUCAAGUUCCGGCUCAAUUGCUGCCAUUACCCGUUACAAACCACACUGUUACGCCCCCAGGUUAUGGAAACACUACUGGGACGCCUUUGCAAGGGUACGUCUACGAUGCCACCGGGCAAAUCGCACCUCCUGGGGCCAAACCACGGGUGACAGCAACCCUGUGGGAAGACGAAGGCAGUCUUUGCUACCAGGUGGAAGCGAAGGGCGUGUGCGUCGCCCGAAGAGAAGACAACCACAUGAUCAAUGGGACAAAGCUGCUCAAUGUUGCUGGAAUGACCAGAGGUCGUCGGGAUGGAAUUCUCAAGAGUGAAAAAAUCCGCCACGUGGUGAAAAUCGGCCCCAUGCAUCUCAAGGGCGUGUGGAUUCCUUUUGAACGUGCAUUGGAAUUUGCAAACAAGGAGAAGAUCACAGACCUUCUGUACCCUCUGUUUGUGCACAAUAUUGGCGGUCUUUUGUACCAUCCCACUAAUCAAACACGUACAAACCUGGUGGUUCAAGAGUCGCAACAGCGACGGUUAGAGGGCCCACAAGCAGGGCGAACUUCACAAGGGACUCAGCCUCCUGCACUGCAUCAUCACCACUCUUUGCAAACUCCCGUUCCUUCCCAUAUGCCCCAGCCUUCAACGAUUGGCUCACAGGGUCGGCCAGGACUUGAUCGAGCGCCCGCUUUCCCGACACCACCGGCCAGCGCCUCCAGUCUCAUGGGCAUAGCAAAUCAAGGCCCCUCUUAUGAAUGGGGAAGCCAAGGGAUGAACUCGGGUGUGCCACACUCGCAGCCCUUGUCAAUAGACACUGCUUUGAGCAAUGCACGGUCACUGCCCACUACGCCAGCUACUACCCCCCCGGGAAGUAAUCUGCAGGGAAUGCAAUCGUACCAGGGCCAGUCCGGAUACGACAGCUCGAAACCGUACUAUUCGACCGCCCCUGCGUCGCAUGCCCACUAUGCUCCGCAACAAUCCCUGAGCCAGCCAGGCAUGGCUCCUUACGGUACAUAUAUGAAAAAUGACAUGGGUCCUCCUUCGGUUCGGACCCCUGGCGGGCCGCCAGAGGGUGAGACUGCCGAUGUUAAGUCGGAGCGUUAUUCUCACAGCAAUGGCCAUGUCGGCAACGGACAAGGUGAACACGUCCCGGAGCAUGAGUCGGAAUACGUGCAGCAUGAUAAUGGCGGCUACAGCACUAGCCGGGGUUCAUACACGUAUACCACGAACCCAUCUGUUGGGAGCCUGACGGGUGAUCAUUCGCAGCUGACUCCCGACAUUACGGGCUCACCUUCACAGCAAAAUGGCUCCGGGCGGAUGACUCCUCGUACCAGUGGGGGUCCUCCACAAUGGUCAUCCGGUUACAGCACGCCGCCCCGACCCGCCGCUGCCGCUAGCAGUCUUUACAACAUUGUUAGCGACACCCGGGGCACGCCGGCCAACGGUGGACAGGCUGAAAAUUACUCGGUGGCGUCCAACUCCGCUCCUGGCUACUCGGCGGGGAUGAAUGGGUCUCUGGGAUCCGGCAAACGUUUGCGAGAGGAGGAUGAUCUAGACCGCAUUGUUCGGCCCGACAGCCGUGGGGGCGAGUAUGAGAGCAAACGCCGAAAGACAUUGACUGAGGUUGGUGGGCCAGUUGCGGGUGUACCUCUUGGAUUACAGCCCAUGAAAGCUGGGGGCGUGGUGUCUCGCCGUCGCUAA